AUGUGCCGCGAUGAGUCGCCGGCCCUGCGCGUCGCUAGCUUCGCGAGCCUCGCGACGCAGCGCAACCUCGCGACGGGCCGGGGCUGCGAGCUUAUGGAUUGGGACAUCGCCGUUCGCGACAGCGGGGGCAUCUUGUCGGCCUUCGAGGUCCCGUUCACGGAUACCCCGACAACCGUCGCGCCAGAGUGGGGGGCUUCGCGAAGCUAUGCGUCGAGUUCGCGCAUGAGGCACGAGGCAAGCUGCCAGAUGAAGGAGAGGAUCCAAGGCACAACCGACGAAGUGUUCACGAACGGUGACCAGGCGGCGCGACUGAUGGGGGCGCGUUACCGCAGCGCCGCGCUUGCGGGCAAGAGCCCGACGCAAGAGCCCCGUUUGAUCCAGAAGAAGGUGAUCGACGGCGCGGCGGCUGAGGCAACCCACAAGUUCGCUUAUUUUCAGAGGUGCGCCCAGACGGCCGACAUGCACGAGAAGGCGCGGCUAGCCUCCAUCGAAUGCGAGGCCCAGGAGGACUGCGCGGCAUGCGCCUCGGACAUUUCCAAGGAGCUGGCCGCGGCCGCGGCGACCGUCAAGCAGGAGAGCGAGGGCGCCGCGGACGCCGUUGCAGCGGGCGCAAAGCAAGGCGAGGGCGGGGCCCGUUGCGUCGACGCGCGCGUGCCGCGCCAGAUGCUGCUCAACUACUUCGGCCCGUUGUCCUUGGUGCCCAGCGAGGGCUCGAUCAAGGUCGCCGAUGUGUUCGGCGCGCCCGUCUACGCGGCCAGCGCUCUUUUGAAUGCGCUGUCCGAUGAGGUCCCAGUGGAGCUGCCGCGCCUCGAGCGCGCUACCUGGGCGUCGACGCCCGCCGUCGGCGCCGCGGCGAAGUCCACUCGGGGCGCCGCCCCAGGCGCGAUUUCCAUGGAUGCCGCCAAGGACGCCCAGCGCCCGCUCCUUAUACGUAACGGCGCUAGGGAGCUCGCCCUGAACUCGAGCUCAUCGUGGACGCGGGAGCGCCUGCUGAAAGUGGCUGGUGAGCGUUUGGUCGAGACCUACGCGAUGCCCUACUCGAGCACGACCCGCGACGUGGAACCGAAGGGCUUCACAAUCGCGGACUACGUGCAGUAUCUGGAGCGCCGCAGAGAUGGCAACUUGUCUGCGAAGUUGCACUUCGCGGUCGUACCCGUGCCCGAGGCCGACGACCCACUCGGCUGGGUGAGCACCGAGCCCCCUAUCCUGGAGGACAGGCUGCGGCAGCAAGCGCCGACACAGUUCUACCUCGGCGGUGUGCUGAUGGGGUCGCCCCCGAUGCACCACCAGGGCCACGUGUUCGACUCUCUUGUCUACGGCAAGAAGCUGUGGCUUUUGCGACCGCCAGCGAAGCCAGAGUUCAGUCGCGAGGUGAUGCACGGGUACUUGUCCGAGGCCAAGGGCCUGGGUGCGGCGAAGUGCGUGAGGCCGGAGACCUCCUCUUCGUGCCAGCGGGUUGGUCUCACGGCUCGGUCUGCCUCAGCGACUGCGUCGGGGCCGCCCACCACUUCGGCAGCUUCAGGGUGGCUCACAAGGGCAGCUCACCCUUCAUCUUCAGGUGAGUGA